AAUGUAUGUACUGUAUGUCUUGUUGCAGUGGUUGCAGCAAUGGUUCAUCUGGUUGUGUGGUGCCAUGUAAUGUAUGUACUGUAUGUCUUGUUGCAGUGGUUGCAGCAAUGGUUCAUCUGAUUGUGUGGUGCCCUGUAAUGUAUGUACUGCAUGUAUUGAUGCAGUUGUUACAAACUCCAGUGAACACAACGUCACUGGGUGUAGGUACAACUGCUCACACAACGUGUCAUCACCUGGCUGUCCUCCGGGGUCUUGUCGCACAGAUGUUCCACUAGUAGACAUAGAGACAGUGAAGUAUCUGGUGCUGGCUGCCAUCUGUAUCCUAGCAACAGGUCUGUGUGGUUGCUGCUGGUACCGCAGAGGGUUGUCCACAAACAGGGAAAGACAAGGUCGGGAGGAUGCAGAGUCACAGGCCGGAGAAGAUGAAGGCGAAGCACGCACCUGUCAACAUACUGCCCGAGACACAGAAGAAGAAACGGGACCAGUCAUUGUACAUCUUUAAUCCAACAUUCAGAGAGCAAUAAAAUAUGCAAUCUUUA